ACAUUAGUGAAAGGAAGGUGUCUCGCGCUUCAAGCAAAAUGCCUUAAACUAAUAGAUUUGUUGUACAUUUAGUAACAUUUAAAAACAUAUAGCCUAAGCUGUCUAUCCAUAACCCGCACAUUUUGGAUUUGUUGUGUGAGAACACGUCUCCUGACCUCUUAGUGACAGCGGAGGUACAGCAAGAGGGCUGCACCGUGUGUCAAGAGGCCUGGAGGUGCAUCACAUAAUUUCAGCUAUUCUGUCAUUGGAUUAACGGGCUACAAUGGCAUCUCAUGGUGACAUUGCAGAAGGAGGAGUCACUGAAGAGUUCAACGAAAUCAUCAAAUGGAGAUCUGAUGAGCAUGAUGCAGUACAGAAGAAAACAUUCACCAAAUGGAUAAAUGCACAGUUCUCCAAGACAGGGAAGACGCCCAUCAAAGAUAUGUUCUCCGAUUUGAGGGAUGGGAGGAAGCUGCUGGAACUGCUGGAAGGUCUAACUGACACUGUCCUGACCAAAGAGCGAGGUUCCACCAGAGUGCACUCUCUCAACAACGUCAACAAAGUACUUCAAGUCUUGCAUCAAAAUAAGGUGGACCUGGUGAACAUAGGGGGGACAGAUAUUGUGGAUGGGAACCACAAGCUGACAUUGGGACUCAUCUGGAGUAUCAUCCUUCACUGGCAGGUAAAAGACAUCAUGAAGGAUAUCAUGUCCAACCUGCAGCAGACCAACAGUGAAAAGAUCCUACUGAGUUGGGUUCGACAGUGUACCCGCUCAUACCCAGAAGUCAAUGUGCUGAAUUUUACAACAAGCUGGGCUGAUGGCCUGGCGCUAAAUGGCAUCCUCCACCACUUCAGACCAGAUGCAUUUAGUUGGGAUCAGGUGGUCAGACUCAGCGCUGUGGAAAGACUCGACCAUGCAUUCACUGUAGCCAAAGACCAGCUAGCUAUUGAAAGGCUUCUGGAUCCUGAAGAUGUGGCGGUGCAGUUACCAGAUAAGAAGUCCAUCAUCAUGUAUGUAACGUCACUUUUCGCUGUGCUGCCCAAAGACGUGAGCAUGGAAGCUAUUAGAGAAGUGGAGACCCUGCCACGCAAAUACAAAGUGGAGGCUGAAUGUGGGCCAGGACUUAAUGUGCAGAAGGAGGAGGCAGGCAGCAGCCCACGGCCUGAGACCCCCAGCACCUUGACCGAGACAGAGGCGGAGAUGGAGGGCAGCCUGCUGGAGGUGGACCUUGAUAGCUACCAGACUACCCUGGAAGAGGUUUUGACUUGGCUGCUGUCAGCGGAGGAUACACUACAAAUUCAGGAUGAGGUGUCGGACGAUGUGGAAGAUGUUAAAGAGCAGUUUCACACUCACGAGGCCUUCAUGAUGGAGCUGACGGCGCAUCAGAGCAGUGUGGGUAAUGUGCUGCAAGCGGGGAACCAACUGAUUUCCCAGAGAAACUUAACUGAAGAAGAAGAAGAAGAAAUCCGGGAGCAGAUGAGCCUCCUCAACUCCCGCUGGGAGAGCCUCCGAGUGGCCAGCAUGGACCGCCAGGCCAGGCUCCAUGAAGUUCUGAUGGAUCUUCAGCAGCAGCAGUUACAGCAACUUUCUGACUGGUUGACGCUGACAGAAGAGCGAAUUAAAAGGAUAGAGACAGAAUCACCAGCUAAUGACCUGGACACCUAUAAAGACCAGAUAGAACAACACAAAGAACUUCAAAAUGAUUUGGAGGCGGAGCAGGUAAAGGUCAACUCUCUAACACAUAUGGUAGUCGUAGUGGACGAGAACAGCGGUGAGAGUGCCACUGCUGCCUUGGAAGAGCAGUUACAAUCGUUGGGAGAACGCUGGGCAGCUGUGUGCCGCUGGACAGAAGAAAGAUGGCACAAGCUGCAGGACGUCUUUCUGGUUUGGCAACAACUUUUGUCAGAUCAGAGUUUGUUUAGAGCGUGGUUGGCUGAAAAAGAGGAGGCCUUAAGUGAAGUACACACCAGCAACUUUAAAGACUCCACUGAAAUGAAUACUAAUGUACGCCGAUUAGCAAUUUUAAAGGAAGACAUGGAAAAGAAGAGAAGAACGCUGGACAAACUGUCUGAUGCAGGACAGGAUGUGAUACAGCUGCUACAAAGUGUUGAGGCAGGAGCUAAGAUCGAGGCAGACACAGAGGAGCUGGCCCAUAGGUGGGACAACCUGGUGCAGAAGCUGGAAGAUUGCUCCUUCCAGGUGAUGGAAGCUGUGGCAGAUGCUGAGCUGACUCAGGUGGAAGAACAGAUUGUUGUGGAUACAGUUACUGUUGCUGCUUCAACUACUGAUCAGGAGUUGGCACCACCUGCUCCCCCUAAGAAACGACUGGUGGAGACGGAUACAGAAGUUAGAAGAAUGUUUGAAAACAAGACAUCUGACUUGUUGAGCUGGAUUAAAACAUGGAAAAUGUCUGCUCAGGCUCUGGGUUCCACACAUCCUGAAACUACACUUGACACUCUAGACCUGGAGAAAAAACUAAAGGAUCUUGAGUUAGAACUCAAAGCCAAGGAAGCCACGGUUAGUGAAGUGAUCCAUGAUGGACGAGGCCUGAUGGACCAACUAGAAAAAGAGGCUGCGAGUGUGGAUUUGGUGAGAGCAAACAUUGACCUGAUCCAGACUGAGUGGGAUGUUUGUGCGAGGGAGCAUCAGGCCACCCGUGACCGGGUUAAUACUCAGACCCGCAUCAGAGCCGUGUCCGUAGAACUUGCAGACUUGAACAAGGUCUUGGAGAAACAGGACCAGUGGCUGGACUCAACCUUAGCCGUGGAAAAGUGGAACAAGUUUGAGCUCAGAAACUUGAGUGAUGAAUGUCGGUCCCGCCUUGCUCAGGUCACUGCCUUCAGUCCUCGUCUGGAGCAGCUGUCUGCAGAGAUGGGAUCACUGGGAGCGGUCCCCUCUCUCAAAGACAACAUGGUGGUGGUUUGUGCUCAUCAUGCCUCCACAAUGCAGCAGCUGCAGAGCAGAGAACGAGCAGUACAAGAAGCUUUGGCCAAUCUUGAAGCCACCGGGGCGACUCAGAGUCUGGUGGAGGGUCUGGAGGCCAGGCUGGCCACUCUGAAAGAAGGAAUAGUAGAUAUACCAACAACAGAGAAGGCAGUGGAACAAGCUCAGGGCUUGUGUUUAGAGAUUGAGCAAACGCAACAAGCCUCUGAUCCUGCAGAACAUCAAAAAUGGAGUCAACUGUCCUCCAGGGUUCGUGAGGAGCACGGUACACUGCAGUGCAUCCUGGGCAGCAUGAAGGACAAUCAGGUGCGGUUGGAGCAGGUGGAGUGUUGGUUGAGUGCAGUUCAGGAGCUGUUGUCUCGGGACACCACAGGAUUGGGUGGCUUAGAGAAUCUACAGGAAGAGCUUAAACAGUGUGAGGAGUAUGUGAAUAAGAUGGAGUUAAUGGAACGUUCAUUGAAGCAGAUGGAAGAGAAUGUGAAUUCUGUACAGGCGACUGCAGUCCCAGGGCUGACCAAGUGGGGGCAGGAUGUGUUAGAGGAGUGCCAGGAAAAGUGGGCCAUGCUCAGCAAAAAGCUCCUGAGCCAUCAUGAACAUGUUGGUGAAAGUCAUGAAAAGCAGAUGAAUCUGAAGAAAGACCUUGCAGAGAUGCAGGAGUGGAUGGCCCAAGUUGACGAUGAGUUUCUCAUGAGAGACUUUGAAUACAAAAGUCCUGAGGAGUUGGAGGCAUCGCUGGAAGAGAUGAAGCGAGCUAAAGAGGAUGUGCUACAGAAGGAGGUGAAGGUGAAGAUCCUGAAAGACAGCAUCAACCUGCUGGUGUCCCGAACGUCGCACCCUGGUGGUGGGUUUGGACAGGAGCUGACCUCUGAGCUAGAGGGGGUACUCGCCAACUACCACAAACUUUGUGAUCGCCUCAAAAGUAAAUGCCACACCCUGGAGGAAGUUUGGUCCUGCUGGAUGGAGCUGCUUCAGUACCUGGACAUGGAGCAGAGCUGGCUCAACACUCUGGAGGAGAAAGUGCAAGCUACUGAUGACCUUCCAGAGAGCACAGAGGCUGUUAAUGAAGCUCUGGAGUCUUUGGAGUCUGUUCUUCGCCACCCAGGGGACAACCGGACACAAAUUAGAGAGCUUGGUCAGACGCUGAUAGACGGGGGCAUACUUGAUGAGCUCAUUAGCGAAAAACUCGAGGCCUUCAAUUCCCACUAUGAACAACUCAACCAUCAGGCAGUGAACCGGCAGAUCAGUCUUGAGCAGCUGCUGCAGACCCUGAAGGAGAACGAACAGGCGCUCCAAACCCUGCAAGAAUCACUGAGCCAGCUGGACCACACUCUCACUUCCUACCUCACCGAUCGCAUUGACGCUUUUCAGCUUCCCCAGGAGGCACAGACUAUUGGUGCAGAGAUUGCAGCCCACGAGGUGACAGUGGAGGAGAUGAGAAGAAGGAAUGUGGUCAACUUACCUCCUCCCACCACUGAUGGCAAAGGUGCCCGUGGUGGGACUAUGCUGGAUCAGCUACAGAGGAAAUUGAGAGAGAUUUCUACAAAGUACCAGCUAUUCCAGAAGCCUGCUAAUUUUGAGCAGCGCAUGUUGGAUUGUAAGAGGGUCCUGGAAGGGGCCAAAUCUGAGCUGCACAUUCUGGAUGUUAAAGACGUGGAACCAGAAAAAAUCCAGUCCCACCUUAGUGGUUGUAUGAAAUUGUACAAGUUGCUGAGUGAGGUGAAGCUGGAAGUGGAGACGGUGAUAAAAACAGGCCGUCAGAUUGUGCAAAAACAGCAAACGGAGAAUCCCAAAGCCAUGGAUGAACAGCUUACUGCUCUCAAAUUGCUCUACAAUGACUUGGGGGCUCAGGUCACAGAGGGAAAGCAGGACCUGGAAAAAGCUUUAUCCCUGUCUCAAAAGUUCCAGAAGGAAAGUGCUGCCCUGCAGGAAUGGCUGACCACAAAUGAGGUCCAGCUUCAACAGAAAAACAGCAGUGGGGACAUGCCAGCUGACAUUGAUGCUGAGAUUGCAUGGGCAAAUGGCCUGCUGAAGGAAUCAGAGCGUCGGAAGGUGGAGCUGUCCAGCCUGAUGGAGACCAGUGCGGGCCUGCAGACGCUGGUGGAGGGCAGUGAGGCUCAGCUGGAGGACAAGCUCUGUGGUCUUAAUGAAUCUUGGGGCCGUGUCCGCACCUGGACUGAAGACUGGCUCAGCACUGUUCUGAGUCACCAGAAUGAGGUGGAAAUUUUUGAUGAGAACUUGGCUCACAUCAGCACCUGGCUCUACCAGACUCAGAUCCACCUGGAUGAGGCGGAGCGGCUGGCCCCUGCAGAAAGAGAAAAUGUUUUAAAGCGUAUGCUGGAGGAGCUGGAGGAUAUCAGUCUGCGUGUGGACAACGUGAGGGACCAAGCUAUUAUCCUGAUGACCAGCAGAGGUCCUGCCUGCAGAGAUGUGGUGGAGCCCAAACUGACUGAGCUAAACUGCAACUUUGACAAAGUUUCCCAACAUAUAAAAACUACAAAGACAGUGACCAGUCUGGAGUCAGGAGUUGAGAUGAAUCAACAGGCACCUCAGCUGAUCACCCACAGUCAGGAGAUCAGAGCAGAGAGUCAGACUUGCCCUGAUGAGGACAUGGUCCCAGCUGAGAUAAAGGACCUUCAGGCAGAGUUUCUGGACACACUAAGAGCUCUGCAACAGCACCAGGACCCAGUAAAUACCCAGGAUGAUGACAAGAUGGAUGAGGAAAAAGCCAGCGUAGAGGAUUUGCUGAGAAGAGGAGAAGAACUGCUGCAACAAACCUCAGAUGAGGGCCAGAGGGAGGAGUUGAGAGUUAUGGUGCUACGGCUGCAGACCCAAUAUUCUGCUCAUAGGGAGCUGAGGAUGCGACAAGUCAGACAGGUUGAAAUCUCUGUCGACUCAUCACCUUCCCACACCUUUAGAGAACAGACAGAGCUUUUAGCUGGGGAGAUGUCUGCAGCAGUGCAUAGCAGUGCUCCUUCGCUUACUCCUUCGGACUAUCUGUUGGAGAUCAACAAAGUUCUACUUGCCAUGGCUGACAACGAGUUGCUACUGAAUUCCUCUGAGCUCUGCGGGGGGCUUUAUGAAGACUUUUCUAGCCAGGAGGACACACUGAGGAAUAUCAGAGAGAAUUUGGAGAGUCUGAGUGAGCAGGUCACAGGGAUCCAUGAGCGCCAGCCUGAUGCCAUUCGAGAUGCUUCCCCUGCUGAGGUGGCUCAAAUGGAAGACGCCCUCACGCAGCUAAAUGCAGAGUGGGACCGCCUCAAUCGCAUGUACAAUCAACGCAAAGGGACUUUCGACCGAGCCGUGGAGAAGUGGGGGCAGUUUCACUGUGAUUUAAAGGACUUGACUCAGUGGUUGACGGACACAGAGAUGCUGCUGUCUGAGAGCAUCGGCCCAGAUGGACAGCUAGAUCUGGACUCUGCUUGUCAACACCAAGAGGAGCUGGAAGAAGGCCUUACUAGCCAUCAACCUGUCCUGGCCGGACUGGUCCACACUGGAGAGCAGAUUAUUGGAAAACUUUCAUCUCCUGAUGGGUCCCUGCUUGGGGAGAAGUUAGAAAACCUGGGUCAGCGUUGGAAAGCUGUCAACCGCCAGGUCUUAGACAGACAGAGCAGGUUGGCUGGAGGGGACGCAGCCCUGUCAGACCUGGUGCAGCGACGUGAGGAACUGACUGUGUGGCUGGAGCAGGCGGAAAAUGCCGUUGGCUCCCUGCCUGUCUCUGCCACUGACAAAAACCUCAAAGAACUCAAGGCCCUUGCUGAGGAAAUGGAUUCACAGAAUGAACAGCUUGGUUGGCUAAACAAGCACGCUCCCCAGAUCUUGGCCAAUGCCAGUUUAAAUCCUCAGAGCAGAGACCUGCAUGUUGGAAAACUGAGAGCCAUCAACAUUAAGUGGAGCAAGGUGACCCAUGAGUUGCUUGACAAAGUUGGGGAGGUGGAGACCAACCUGCAGGGGCACAGUCAGUUCCAGGACAGGAUGAACAGGCUGUCAGACUGGGUCAUCGUCACACACCAAACAAUCGUGACCCGAGGCCUGAAUACAAGCCAAGCACAGGCUUUGGAGGUCUCUAUGAAGGACAGGAAAAAGGACCUGGAGGAACUGUUGGCUCAUUCAAUUGAGCUGCAGCGACAACAGCAACUGUUGCCCCAGGAAAGGACUAAUGUGGAGCAGCUGGUUGCCGAUUGGAAAGCCCUGGAUGGCCAACUAAGAGAAUCUCUUCCACCGUCUCUUUCUCCAUGGACACAUCACCAAUAUGUUGUCCAGCAUCAGCAACUUGUGUCUGCGGUGCCCUCUGCUGUUCAGAUGGCCAGCUUGGUAAACGAGGAUCCCCACCACCAAACCCCCCACACACCAGACGCUGUGGCACCCACCGAUCUCAACCAAACUGCCACCGAACUAGCCGACUGGCUUCUGCUUAUUACCCAAAUGCUCAAGUCUAAUAUUGUCACUGUGGGUGACACAAAGGAGAUCAGGACAACCAUGGGACGCCUUCAGGUGACAAAGAGUGACCUUGAGCAGCGUCAUCCCCAGCUAGAACAUAUUUUCACCUUGGCGCAAAACAUCAAAAACAAAACCUCCAAUCUUGACAUUCGAACAUCCAUCACUGAGAAAUUGGAGAGAGUACAGAGUCAGUGGGACAACACUCAGCAUGGCGUCGAGGCUCGGCUCCAGCAGCUGGAUAACAUGAUUGGCCACAGUAACCAGUGGGACGAGCAGAGGAGGGAGGUGAAGGCCCUUAUUGGGCAACUUGAAGGACGCUUCGACAACCUUCUUCAGUGGUCCAAAGAUCCCCUGACUAAUCAGCUUGAAGAUAGUAAGGAGUUUCUCCAAGCUCUGGGCCGAGGCCAAGCCACAGUUGCAGCCUUCAAUGAGCUGUCCAAUCACCUUUUGCUAGAAUACUCUACUGAUGACACGAGGAGGAUCAAAGAGGUCACCGAAAAACACAAUGCCUCCUGGAACAGCAUCAACAACAUGGCGAAUGACCAUCACACCCAGUUAGACAAUGAACUAAAGGGAGUGCAGGUGUCUCUUAGGGAGCUGGAGUCCUUCCUCAGGUGGCUUCAGGAGGCAGAGACAACAGUCAAUGUCCUGGCUGACGCUUCCCAGAGAGAAGAUCUGUCUCAGGACUCCGCCCACGCGAAGGAACUGAGACGACAACUGGAGGACAUCCAGGCUGAGAUUGAUGCCCACAAUGACAUCUAUAAGAGUGUGGACGCGAACAAGUCGAAGAUGGUCAAAGCACUGGGCAGUUCGGAGGAAGCCGUGCACCUCCAGCACAGACUGGAUGACAUGAACCAGCGCUGGAGCGACCUGAAGGCCAAGUCAGCAAACAUCCGAGCCCAUCUGGAGGCGAGUGCAGAGCGUUGGUCCCGUCUUCUGGGCCUCCUUGAGGAGCUGUGGAGGUGGAUCUGCAUGAAGGAUGAGGAGCUGGCCAAGCAGAUGCCCAUUGGAGGAGAUGUGCCCACCUUGCUGCAGCAGCAGAACCAUUGCACGAUACUGUGCUCUGAACUGAAGGAACGUGAGAACUUGGUCAUUAGCACUUUGGACCAGGCCAGAAUGUUUCUCGCUGACCAACCCAUUGAGGGACCUGGAGAGCCACGCAAGAACCUGCAGCCAAAGACUGACCUCACCCCAGAGGAAAAGGCCAGAGGGUUGGCCCGGGCAAUCCGCAAGCAGACUGGGGAGGUGAAAGAUCGGUGGGAGCGUCUGAAGGGGCAUGUGGGUGGCUGGCAGAGUCAGGUGGAGCGAGCCUUGGAGCGACUCCAGGACCUGCAGAGCUCCAUGGACCAGCUUGACCUGCGGUUAACACGGGCAGAAGAGGCCAAAGCUACCUGGCAGCCGGUGGGAGAUCUGCUGAUCGACUCUCUGCAGGACCACAUCGAUAAGACAAUCGCCUUCAGAGAGGAGGUUGCCCCGUUACGGCAGGAUGUUCGGAUUGUGAAUGAGCUUUGUGCAGAGCUUACACCGCUAGACAUCCAGCUGUCAUCCACCGCCUCCAGACAACUGGACCAACUCAACAUGAGAUGGAAAAUGCUACAGGUGGCAGUGGAAGACAGACUGAAACUCCUUCAGGAAGCGCACAGAGACUUUGGCCCUUCCUCCCAACAUUUCCUCUCCACAUCUGUGCAGCUUCCCUGGCAACGUGCAGUUUCUCAGAAUAAGGUUCCAUAUUACAUCAACCACCAGACACAGACUACCUGCUGGGAUCAUCCAAAGAUGACAGAGCUCUACCAAUCACUAGCGGAUUUAAACAAUGUGAGAUUCUCAGCAUACCGAACAGCCAUGAAGAUUCGCAGACUACAGAAAGCACUGUGCUUGGACCUGCUGGAUCUAAAUGUUGCCCAGAACACUUUCGCGCAGCACAAACUCACCAACAACAGUCAGCUGCUCUCUGUCCCUGACGUCAUCAACUGCCUGACAUCCAUCUACGACGGCCUGGAACAGGAGCACAAAGAUCUGGUUAACGUGCCUCUCUGCGUCGACAUGUGUCUCAACUGGCUGCUCAAUGUUUACGACACUGGUCGCAGUGGGAAGAUUCGCAUCUUGUCCAUGAAGAUUGGAUUGCUUUCUCUCUCCAAGGGACACUUGGAGGAAAAAUACAAAUAUCUCUUCAGCCAGGUAGCAUCAGCAGGCGGCACGUGCGACCAGAGACAGCUCGGACUGCUGCUCCAUGAAGCCAUCCAGAUCCCAAGGCAGCUGGGGGAGGUGGCCGCGUUUGGAGGUUCCAACAUUGAACCCAGUGUCCGCAGCUGCUUCCAGCACGUAAACAAUAAGGUGGAACUAGAGCCUCGGCAGUUUGUUGACUGGAUGCACCUGGAGCCCCAGUCGAUGGUUUGGCUUCCUGUCCUUCACAGAGUAGCUGCUGCAGAGACGGCAAAACAUCAGGCGAAGUGUAACAUCUGCAAGGAGUGCCCUAUCGUGGGUUUCAGGUAUCGCAGUCUGAAGCAUUUCAACUACGACGUUUGUCAGAGCUGCUUCUUCUCUGGGCGCACCGCCAAGGGCCACAAGCUCAACUACCCAAUGGUGGAGUACUGCACACCGACCACAUCUGGUGAGGACAUGCGGGAUUUCACCAAAGUGCUGAAGAACAAAUUCCGAUCUAAGAAGUACUUUGCCAAGCAUCCACGGCUGGGCUACCUACCAGUCCAGACAGUUUUAGAGGGUGAUAACCUGGAAACUCCCGUCACCCUCAUCAGCAUGUGUCCGGAGCAGUAUGAGCUGUCCCAGUCACCUCAGCUCUCUCAUGAUGACACCCACUCCAGGAUAGAGCAGUAUGCCAGCAGGUUGGCUCAGAUGGAACGCUCCAAUGGCUCCCUGCCCACUGACAGCAGCUCUGCCACAGGAAGCAUGGAUGAUGAGCAUGCCCUGAUCCUUCAGUACUGCCAGACGCUGGGAGGAGAGGGUUCCCCGUGCAGCCAGCCUCAGAGUCCUGCCCAGAUCCUACAGGCUGUAGAGAGGGAGGAGCGGGGUGAGCUGGAGAGGAUCAUUGCUCGUUUGGAGGAGGAACAGAGGAUGCUGCAGAGGGAGUAUGAGCAGCUGAAGGAGCAGCAUGGCCAACGAGGACAAACUACAGGAAGCCCCUGGGAGUCGGAGGGCCCCUCUGCUCACCCCGACGAGGCCGACCUACUAGCUGAAGCCAAGCUGCUUCGACAACACAAAGGGCGGCUGGAAGCCCGCAUGCACAUCCUGGAGGAACACAACAAACAGUUGGAGUCUCAGCUUCACCGCCUUCGACAGCUACUGCACCAGCCGGAGGUGGACUUGAGGGUAAACGGAGCAUCAUCUCCCUCUGUGCAAAAUCGAGGACCACUUACUGAAAACUCAGAUGAGCUUUUAGACCCCCACAACAGCAGCUCUGACCUGGCAGAUGUAAUGGAGCAGAUUAACAACUCCUUCCCUGCAAGCAGUCCUUCGAGCUUCUCCUCAAGACCACAGGUGAUGUGAGGACCACCACCAGAGGAUGGAUGUGAACACAUGAGUGCAAGACCAUUCCCAAACAAUUCCCAGAUCCAAAAUCCCAAAGACGCACAGGAGCAGACAGCUGAACUAGUUUUACCACCUUGUCUUGUACUAUGCAAACUGUACAUUUUAACAAAUGUAGAUUGUAUCUGAUCUUGAUAAAACAUUUUUCAGUUUUUUUCUUUAGAAAUGCAGAUGAAUAUAUGGACACAGGCUUUGUAUAGUCAAACAUGUUUUCUUUCCAAGGACUGGUUUGGGAUUUAUGAUCAGUUUUUGAGUUUAGCCUUAAGUGAAAAUCAAAUUACAUUAUUUUUUGUUUGUUUUCUUUUGUCAUUCCACUGCUGAGUACUAUGUAGCUCCCUUUUAUUUGUCCCUUAAAAGUAGCCACAGACUUUUAAGUGUUUGGGAGCAUGCACAAAAAUGCGAUUUUAGUGGCAGACAGGAUGAUUUUAAAAAGAUGUGGCGUCAUCUCUGGCAUCUGUCCUCUUUAAAGCAUUGAUAUGCUGACAGAUUUUCUCUCAACUGCAGUUUGUUAAUGUUAACUUCACCCCUUCUGUGCCUAUACAGUUUCAUUCCACAGGUGGAAAAUGGAGAGGGGAGCUGUUGAAUUAUAGUGGGUUUGUGUAAAAAGAGAGAUGUUUUGAAAAAUAUAAAUUUAAAUCUGAAGUUGUCCUCAAUCUGGCUUUGUAAGAGGCCCGUCAUCAUUAUGUAGAAUAGCUAUGUUUUUUUUUUAUUAAGAGAUAUAUGUUGAGAAAUCAGAGGAAAGCCAUGAUUGCCUUGCUACCUCAGACUCAUAGACACAGUUUUGUUUUGUGGUGGUUCCUAAACCUGUUGAAAACACUUGUGAUAAUUUACAAACAUGAACAGUCUGGUUUAUCAUUCUAAGCUUUGGCUCACUGUAUUGGUGUACACUGCAAUGAGGAGUUACCAAGUUAAUAAAGAAAAAAAAACAAAAUAAACAAGGUAGUUACUGUACCACAAUGCGUCUGUGGCCUGCUGAAGCUAGCCUCCCGUUAUGAGUAUCACUUUUUUUGUUAUUGGGUUUUCCACUGGGCUUUCAGCACUGGUCCCUAACUGCGUCAUGUUGUUGUGCUCUGUGCUAUCCUGUUAAACUUGUGAUACUGAACAACACUACUAUAACCUCCUCUGACUAGACUGAUGAUGUUGGUGAUGAUUUUAAUCGUGAUGAACCUUACCGUGGCAGAACUGUGUCGCUUCUCCUGAGGUAUGUAAAAUAGAUUGACCACACUACAUGUACUAUGGCUACGUUGUUUUAUUCUAAAUAAAAAAUUUUAUAACAA